AUGUCACCUCUGGAAUGUUCGGAGUGUUUGGGUGACCAGCCUCAGCACAGAACCUACACCUGGCACCUUACACUGUACACAAAGUCAAAUUUUACAAGCAAGAGAGAUACCAGAUCUGAAAACCUAGAAAUUCCAAUCAAUGUGAUUCUACCUCAGAGGGGCACAGCCGAGCCUUUCCUGAGGCUCCACAACUUGUACCCCACCCCACGCUGCUCCAGGCAGGCUGCCCUGCCCAGGCUGAGCCGCCGGGUGGCCAGCCAGCACUCCUACCCGCUGAACCGCUUCUCCUCCGCGCCCUUGGACCCCAUGGAACGGCCCACCUCCCAGGCCGACCUGGAGCUGGAUUACAACCCUCCCCGGGUGCAGCUCAGCGACGAGAUGUUCGUCUUCCAGGACGGCCGCUGGGUGAACGAGAGCUGCCGCCUGCAGUCCCCUUACUUCUCUCCGACCUCCUCCUUCCACCACAAGCUGCACCACAAGAGGCUGGCCAAGGAGAUCAUGCUGCAGGAGGAGAACAAGGCCCUGCGCGAGGAGAACAAGGCCCUGCGCGAGGAGAACAAGACCCUCCGCAAGGAGAACAAGAUCCUGCAGGUCUUCUGGGAGGAGCACAAGGCCAGCACGCUGAGCCGGGAGGGGAGCAGGGCGUCCUCCCCGCGGCUGCACAAGGACGGCACCGCCGUGGAGGUGGCCAAGAAGGACAACGCGGUGAUGCAGGCGCACCGCAGCAAGGACAACAACACGCUGGAGCUGCUCCGGGAGGAGAACCGCGCGCUGCAGCAGCUGCUGGAGCAGAGGAAGGCCUACUGGGUGCAGACCGAGGAGAAGCUGGCGCCCGCCGAGGAACACAAGGACUUCUCCGGCCACGAGGAGUCGCGCUGCCCCAGCUUGCCGGACCAGGGCCCCAGCCACGCGUCCCCGUUUGAAGAGCCCAAGGGCCCCUCGAGCCCGCAGGAGGAUUCCAAGACCCUCUAUGCCCUGCGGGAGAUGGUCAACAACCUGUCGGGGUCCGCGGUGGAGGAGGACGGGAAGAAGGGCCAGGGCGCGCAGGACAGCAGCCAGUCCUUGCAGCUGCUCCGAGAGAUGAACCAGGCGCUGCAGGCGCUGCGGGAGGAGAACCAGAACCUGCAGAUUCUCCGCGAGGAGAACCGGCUGCUGCAGGAGGAGAACCGGGCCCUGCACGUGCUGCGCGAGGAGCACCGGCUCUUCCAGGAGGAGAACAAGGCGCUGUGGGAGAACAACAAGCUGAAGCUGCAGCAGAAGCUGGUCAUCGACACGGUGACCGAGGUCACCGCCCGCAUGGAGAUGCUCAUCGAGGAGCUCUAUGCGUUCAUGCCGGCUAAGAACAAGGACCCCAAGAAACCCAGCAGGGUCUGA